CACUUUCUUAUGUCUCAUCAGCUAACCUAGAGAGUGUCAAACUCAUUCCACAGAAAUCCUAGUGUCUGCUAGUUGUUGUUUUCUCCUUUCAAUUAAAACCAGGUGAAAGGUGAAAGGAGUUAUUUACAAAUUGGUGGCCUUAAUUCAUCAAAAGCAUCCUCUAGUAGCCAGUUAACAUCAUACACUAUAACUGUCAGUUCAGGAAGUACACUGAAAUUUCAAUUCCAGUUUUCCUCCUGAAAAGCAAUGACUGGUGUGUCUGAAUUUACAUGAAAUUGACCUCAAACCUUCCCUUCAUAUUUCCCAGUGUUGUGUCUGUGUGUCAGAUCUGGUGUGUCUGAGGUGUCCAGGUUGACAGAGGUUUACUGUGCAGUACUGUUAAAGGAAUUAGAUUCCUAUAUGAUUAUCAACCAAUUCAGUUAAAACACUGCCCAUUUGUAAGAUACUGAUUUGCAUAAAAUAGACAGAGACCUGUCUCAGAAUCAAUCAAAAGCGUUUAUUCUCGAGAGUACUGGUCAUGGUACAAUUUACAACAGGUUAUAAACUAAAAGUGACGUCAUAGGUUUUAAACUGUCCUUCCUCCACUCAUAUACAAUGGCAGUAUAGUUCACAAGCCUUUCCACAUUGUCCACCACCUGUUAAAUAAUUUACUACUAGCCCAAGGUCUCUUCUCUCCCUGUGUAGAGAGAGAUAAGAUGUCCCGUAAGGAACACAGCAUUCCAGCCAGUCUGACGAUAGCUCCAUUAGUUUCUAACAAGGAACAGACAGUCCUUCUAAUUCUGGAUGAAAACUACACACAUUACAUUCAGUAUUAUGAUUAUAAUAAGAUUCAUACAUCCAUACAGUAACAUAGUAGUAUUCUGUUUAGUCAUUGGAGUCACCUGGGCUCAAAGUAUUUAAGAUCCAGACUGUCCGUGAUUGGGAGUCCCAUAGGCCUAACACAAGGGUUCCCAGGAGAGGAUCUACCAGGUCCUAAGGUGAGACACCAUCACUAGCUGUUCCACCCACUGAUUAGUCUAGCUUGGAUAUGUACUGUAUGUGUACGCUAUGCCGUAUGUGAGAUAUGACAUGUACUGGAGUAUUCUCAUACUCAUACAGUGAAGUAUGUACCUAGAUAAUGUCUCAGUGUCUUAUGUGUUUCAGGAUGACAUGGGUUCAAGGUUCAAAGGUGACAAGGGUGACCAGGGCUUCCCAGGGUAGUACGGACCACGGGGAGAGAGAGGAGUCGUGGAUCCAGGGCCAAAGGGUGAACCAGGACCUGACGGAUCCUCUGGGAUACCUGGUAUACUUGGGGAAGAUGGAAGGGUCGAACCUAAGGGUGAGAUUGGUUUGUCGGGACUGCGAGGGACAGAGGUUGCGUGGGAAAGGAAUUCCUGGAGAAAAGGGUUCUGUGGGCCAGCCAGGUCCACCAGGUAUUCCAGGAGCCCAAGGGGGAGCCUGGGUUCCAUGAGCCAAUGGGCCCUCGGGGGCCUCCAGGCGAUGGCUCUCCAGGAGAAAAGGGGAAAUCUGGUGAGAAGGGGGAACCUGGCCUGACAAGAGAGAACGUCAUCAAAAUGAUCAGGGACAUUUGUGGAGGGGAGCGUCACUUGAGUGGGUUGAGUCACUGAUGUGAUCUUCCUGUCUGGGUUGCCCCCCCCCCCCCCUUGGGUUGUGCCGUGGCGGAGAUCUUUGUGGGCUAUACUCGGCCUUGUCUCAGGAUGAGGACCUGAGCCCUAGGACCAUGCCUCAGGACUACCUGGCAUGAUGACUCCUUGCUGUCCCCAGUCCCCCUGGCCGUGCUGCUGCUCCAGUUUCAACUGUUCUGCCUGUGAUGAUUAUUAUUUGACCAUGCUGGUCAUUUAUGAACAUCUUGGCCAUGUUCUGUUAUAAUCUCCACCCGGCACAGCCAGAAGAGGACUGGCCACCCCACAUAGCCUGGUUCCUCUCCAGGUUUCUUCCUAGAUUUUGGCCUUUCUAGGGAGUUUUUCCUAGCCACCGUGCUUCUACACCUGCAUUGCUUGCUGUUUGGGGUUUUAUGCUGGGUUUCUGUACAGCACUUUGAGAUAUCAGCUGAUGUACGAAGGGCUAUAUAGAUACAAUUGAUUUGAUUAGUAUUAAAGCAGAUGAGUACCUGUUACAGACUGGGUUCAAAUCCAGUGUUUCCUGCAUUCCACAACUGUGUUAGCCUUCUGAGCUAAUGUCUUGACAUUCUUGAAGCAGACCUGUGUUCAUUCUGCUGUAUCCUUUUUCUGUCUGAUGUUAAUUACACUCACACAUUCAUCCA